AUGCUGGAUACUCUUCUGUCGGCGUUUAAGCAGAAAAAAGCCUUCGCGGAACGGGAAAAUGCUGUUCCGCUUGUGCAGAAGUUUCUAGUUUUAGCGCAAACGCUGGAAAGUUCAAAGGCUGUCGCAUUCUCCCUUGGAAUUGCAGAUAGUGUGGAGAUUGCGGCCUCGACAACCGCAGAGAAGGUUGCUGCAAGUAUGUACUCGUCGCCUGAGCUGGCAUCUAGUUCGCUCGAUCGUCCUACACCAAAGCCCGUUCAGGGAGACUUCUUGCACCCCCUCUUGGUCGCGCUUCUUGCAUUCAAGUUAGGCGGACCGAUCAAUGCAGCCUCCACCACACACCAACACGAAUGGAGACUUCCAAGCGAAAAGACGCGGGGUACACCGAGCUUUUAUAGUGAGGGCGACUUCGUAAACAUGUUCGAGGAUCUGCGGAUCGCCGUAAUAUGGGAGACGCGCGAUGGUGAAGCAGCCGGUCCAUCAGGCAACCACACCGUAUUUUUGACAGGUGAUGCCACGCCGCGACCACUAGUAACAUUGGGAACGCAAGACAACGCAGCUAGUUCGCCAAUUACAAUACUCUACGAUUGCGGACAUGCUGCGUUGUACUACGAUUGUGAUGAUCCGGAUGUUAUACGCAACAGCAUCAGCGCAGACCUGCACCUGAAUGCUAUCUCGGAUGAAGAUAUCCAGUUUUUGAAUGGGUCGCCGAAUGAUGUGUUGCGUGGAAAAUUAUCUUUAACAGAAUUGGUAACCAAUUUUCCCAUCGCAAAAUACGCCACACAUUUCCACAAUCUUCUUUUCGACAGUAUCUCACUCAAUACCAUUCUCGCAACACUAGGAACGCUCGACGUACCACCAGCACCGACCAUCCCGAAGAUUGGACGAUGUCUGUUGGAGGAACGGUUCGAGACAUACAAGAAGGACAACUGGGCUCAUCUGCCACUGGAGAUAAAGAGAAUGGAAACCGACGUGUAUCUGGAAGGCACAUAUCCUACAGCAGCUGACUUUCUAAACGGUGUUGUCCUCAAAGCACGUCGUGAUGUUCAUCUACCUGUCGGAGUGAAUCUGUUUCCACAGUCUCCUCUGGAUGAGAUUUCAGAAGAGGCGAGAAAGUUUAUCCGAGACUUGCCAGGAGAGCUGAUCUCGACUCGAAUGGCGUACUAUGCAUCAGCUCUUAUAGACUCAGCGUAUACCAUUGGAGACCUAAUCCCAACCGCGAACUUGCACAAGUUCGCAGAGCUAGUAGAGCGGCGCUGCCUCGAAUUGAUCGGCAUAGGAUUCAUCGAUGAAGAAUCUCGGCUUUCGUCCAUGGCGGCCCUGGCAAGUGCUUUCGGAAAUGCUGUCGAUGGGCUGAAAGAAGUGCAGAUGGUAGCGGAGCCAUGGAUUGAAGGCUUGGAUCUGCAGGUUUAUCGAACACGUUGCUUGUACCUCUUUUGGUGCGCUGACUGGUUAGUUUGCUAUACGAUGAAACCUGUAACGGGAGCUUUCAUGAUCAUGGAUGCGGACACGGCUAUAGCAGAUGCGCGGGAUAUUGGAAGAGAGGUGCAUCGGAUGGCGAUAGUGUUCCUGCGCAACUGGAUGGCUUGGGGUCUGUUCGUAGAAGGCUUGCCACAACGAGGCUUCUUCGUCCGGCGGCCGUAA